CGCACUAGAGUUACACAGUGAUAGCCACGGCUCCAGAGCAUUCGAUGGCGGUUCGCUUGUUUUUCUGUCACGACGUAACUACGCUUCCCGAGGAAACGACGUAUUUCUCAAUUUUCUAGCGAGGCGACAAUUCCUCAAGAGCGUCGGCGGCACUUCGCGCGAGCUCGGCACCAGUACCUGACGGCGUCCGGCGUCGUUUCCGCAAGCGCGGCCCGGUGAUUGCAGUGGCCCCGUUCCUACCGCUACCGCCGCUACCAUGAACGGCCGACGAGAGCUCGUGCUGGGUAUCGACCUCGGCACGACGACGGUGAAAGCGUGCCUUGUCACCGGCAGCAAAGAGCCUCUCGUCUCGCUGGCUCGGCAGACCCAGGCCACGCAGCCCAGCGACGUCGGCUCGUCGGGCAGCGAGCAGGCCGCGCACAAGAUCUGCACCGCCGUCCAGUUCUGCGUGUCGCAGCUGCCCAAGGAGCAGCUGGCUCGCGUGACUCGGGUCGCGGUGUCGGGCCAGAUGCACGGCGUGGUCCUCUGGAAGCAGGACGGCGGCUGGCGACGGAAUCCCUUUGGCCGCUUCGACGUUGACGCCGUCAGCGCCCUGUACACCUGGCAGGACGGUCGCUGCUCGGAGCAGUUCCUCGCCGAGUUGCCGAAGCCGGACUCGCACCUGCGACUGAGCUCGGGUCACGGCUGCGCGACGCUGGUCUGGCUGGUGCGGCACCGACCGGAGCUGAUGCAGCGCUUCGACCGGGCCGGCACCAUCCAGGACAUGCUGGUGGCCAUGCUCUGUCAGCUGGAGAGGCCGGUCACCUCGACCCAGCUGGCCGCCUCGUGGGGUUACUUCGACACCGUCUCUGGCACGUGGAACUCCGAUCAGCUGUCGGCGGCAGGUCUUCCCCCGGAGCUGCUGCCGGACGUGGCCCCACCGUGCCGUCGCGCGGGCACCCUGAACGGGGCCUGGUACGGCGUCCCGUCCGGCACCCCCGUCCACGUGGCGCUGGGGGACAUGCAGUGCUCCGUGCUGUCGGCCGCCGUAGCCGCCGAGACCGACGCCGGUGAGCCGCAAUUCUGCGAGCAUCUUUUUAGAAGCGACCGGGACAAUCGCCUGUCAGAACGGCGGCGUGAACGCUGCCAUGUUGCGGGUUGCGAAUCCUGGAAACCGUAA